AUGGAGAAAGAGCUAAAUGAAACAUAUAUAACUUUUGGUGGGCAUGUGGAGCUUCACAAAUACAGAUACCUUUAUUUUAUGGUUCUGUUUACAGUAUAUAUUCUAAUAAUCUACAGUAAUUGUACUAUUGUGUACCUGAUCUGGAACCACCAUGACCUCCAUGAGCCUAUGUACAUUUUCAUUGCAGCCUUGUUACUGAACUCUGUUCUUUUCACCACUAAUAUCUACCCAAAGCUGUUGAUCGACUUUUUAUCUGAAAAACAAAUCAUAUCUUAUCAAGCCUGUCUUGUUCAAUAUUAUAUGUUUUAUUCUUUAGUUUGUUCAGAGUUCUUACUGUUGGCAGCCAUGGCCUAUGACAGGUAUGUGUCUAUAUGUAAACCUCUGCAAUAUCCAACCAUCAUGAGAAGAAAAACGAUCGGUGUCUUUCUGGCUUUAGCUUGGCUUUUACCUACAUGUGUUGUCGUGGGAACUACAACACUGAGCUCUAAUCAAAAGCUCUGUAGUUUUACUCUUGAAAUGAUUUUUUGUAAUAAUUCUUUUUACAAACUUUUUUGUGUGCCUUCAAGAACAAUAACUCUGUAUGGUGCAUUUGGUUUGGUAUAUUUUAGUGUGUUACCUGUGAUCUUCAUACUUUUCACAUACAGCAGGAUACUUAUAAUCUGUUACCACAGCAGUGGAGAAGUCAGGAGCAAAGCUGCACAGACCUGUGUUCCUCACCUGCUGGUGUUAAUCAACAAUUUUUUUUUAAUAACAUACGAUAUUAUUACAGUUCGACUGGAAUCAGAUUUUCCAAAAAUUGCACGUUUAAUAAUGUCUUUACAAUUAGUUCUGUAUACUCCUCUUUUUAAUCCAAUUAUAUAUGGAUUAAAAAUGAAAGAAAUUCAUAAACACCUCAGGAGGUUGUUCAGUCAAUUGAAAAUGAAUCACUUUGUUGUAAUCUCUUAA